ACGUAGUUAUAGUUGACCCUUAACAAAAAUACAUGCAACUAAGACAAUUAUCUUACGAAUAGUAUAGAAGUAUUCACCUAACAAAAAAUUAUGACAAUGAUAUGGGUUAAUGAAUUGUUGUGUUUGUGUAAAAUGACUUAGUCUCUUAGCAAUUAUCAUAGGCUGGAAAUGACCUUCCUUUCAAGUUUUCAUUCAUCAUAAUGUAUGAAAUUUAUCUAAAUUAGGCGUCCAUAUGUUGUGGUCUAGACUUUACAUAUACAAAUAUACACUACAUGAGCAAUAUUGAGCUUUAUAUUUUAUGAGUCUAAAAGGGAUGAACGUUAACUCUUGAGUGGUUAUGCAAAGUAUUAUGUGUAUAUAAUAUAUGUUAGAUAUAUGACUAAUUACUUAACUGGUUAAUUUGGUUUGACUGGUUAGGAGUGUCUGAAACCAAACCAAACCACCUAAACCAAACAAGCUAAAAACUUUAACCAAACCAAACCAAUUAUCCAAAUUAACCAAACCAAAUUAUCCAAAUAGUAUCGGUUAAAACGGUUACCACGGUAACCAAACCGUUUGAACACCCCUAGUUUGCUUUGUCAGACUGUGGCAUAGACUCGAAGCCAUUUUUUCUGUGAUUUUCCAUAUGCUCGUCCAAUUUUACUUGAUAUGCUAUCGGAUAUUACAUGGCCUAUGCAGUGGGAGGAAAUUGUUCCGGAGAUUAUUCCAUCAGGAUAAUAGGCUGAUUGGAGUGUUGUGGAGUUGGUAUGUGCAGCGACGGAUCCAGGACAGAGUAGAGCAUUGGGUCACAUUUGUCAAAAAGGCAAAGAGGGCUAGCUCCCCAAUGUACUCUCAGUUCCUAUUGAUAAGGAAAUGAUAUUUAGUAUAAGCUGUAUUAUUUUUAGGUAGGAGCCUGUAUACGAUUUCAGUGUUCACUGUAGGUUGCUUUGCAGCAAACUUAACUGCUCUGCAGUUGUUUUUAUAGAGAAGCUUGCAGUUGGUCAAGCUUGAGCUUAAUAAUAAUAGAGGCAACAACGAUUACCGAAAAAGAAAGUCACUCACAACAAAGUUUUUUUAACAGCUUGUGUCUGUCAUAUCAAAGUCCAGUCUGAUGUGAAUAUGUGAUACAUUACUUUGUCUUGAAAUCUAGAUAUUUUUCACACGUAUUUUGUCACGAAAACUUGAUAUUGUGAUAUAGUAUUUAUUAGGAUAAUUCAAUUUUGUCAACACAGAAUGGUAGACAAAUCUGUCAUAACUUGUACAUAACAAUCAUUACAAAGUAAGAUAACUAACAUUCAUUAUGUUCCAAAGAAGUGCACAGAGGGGAAAAAAGGUCUUGUCAUUUUAUUCUUUCUUAAAAGGAAAUUAAGGGGUCGUUUGUUCAAAUCCUUCACCAAAUCCAUCAAGCAAACAACCCCUAAAGUUCCGUGACAAAUGCGUGUUACGGCGUCAUCCUUCAACAUAAAAAACUUUGGAUCUUUCUUUAUCUCUGUCUCACACAGAGGACUUAUCUCUCUAGCUUUUCUCUCUGUCCUUCCCCAGCCCUUCCCCUACUGCAGCGCUCCCAGACGCCUUCUGGAUGACUAACUCCUCCUUUUGUUAGAGAUGAUAUUCACCCUCACUAUGAGAUGAUUAGAUCCGUCCUCCAUGAUCUAACUAAUGGCGAGGUUCAAAUCAACCAACUCUUUCACUCUAUAUCCCAUCUACUUAUUAAAAAGCUUCUACAUCCCUUCGAAGAACAGAGAAGACAGUCAUCAGCAACCAUUAAUGCCCUCAGCAAUUGAAGACAUCCAACUACCAAAUCUGAGGAAGAAUACUAAGAAGGAUUUGGCAGAUACAAGUCGCUUCAAACCGCCAUUACUAAGGGACAACAUAUUUCUUGAGCAGCAAAAAGAUUCACAAGUUGUGAAAGUUGUUGAUGUAACCAGAGCAUUAAAUCCCCAACGCUCAUAUUCAGCAAAGAAGAGAAGAGCAACCAAGUAUGAUUAUAAAUUGAUAAGAGCAUACCUUACCUUGCUACUUCCCAACAAGAGAGCAAAGAUCCUUUUCCCUCCUUGUUCUUUGAUCCUUCUCUAUUCUGCUACCCCCUUUCCCCUGAAACUGAACAAUAUGGAUGUUAACGAGCUGAUCAAUCAAGUUGAAGAAUGGGAUCUGGAAAUGCUAUCAAAUGAAAGCAGGGUGGCACACAGGAACACUCUUAUCGGGAAGAUCUCAGAAAGGCCAAUCAGCAAGCGCUCCAUGAUUGGGAUGAUCCACUCAGCCUGAGUCAACUGCCACAUCCCUUCAAAGAACAAAGAAGACAGUCAUCAGCAACCAUUAAUGCCCUCAGCAAUUGAAGACAUCCAACUACCAAAUCUGAGGAAGAAUACUAAGAAGGAUUUGGCAGAUACAAGUCGCUUCAAACCGCCAUUACUAAGGGACAACAGAUUUCUUGAGCCUCAAAAAGAUUCACAGGUUGUGAAAGCUGUUGAUGUAACCAGAGCAUUAAAUCCCCAACGCUCAU